UCACAUGGGCGGGGUGGGGGUCGGGAGGCCCCGGAGUGCCAGGGCUCCCCCUGUUUGCCCUCCCCUGUGGCGUGCCAGGAGCUCGAACUUGGCUCACGCACAGCAACGCAGACGGCCUCCGGGUAAGCUAUCUCGCCGGGCCCCACGCAAUGCUUUUACGACUUAGAGCUCUGCCAUCGUCUUCUGGAAAUUCUGAAGUUUGGGGACCGACCGAGGUGACCGGAGGCGGGAUGGGGAGCUCGCGGUGGGCGGGGCGCAGCUGCAGCGAGUCCCGGGCACCCCCAGAGCCAGCUCCAGGGAGCCGCGGGUGGCUCCAUCUCUCCCGAUGCCUCGGGGUUCCGGCGCUGCGGGGUCUCGGAGCUGCAGCCCCCCGAACCCCGGUGUGAGUGGGGCGGGUGCCAGCCACUCCCUUUCAGGCUCCCCUAGUCCUCACUCUCCGCCCCUGCCCUGGCCUCACUGCUCCAGUGCCAGCCUCACUGCUCCAGCCCCACGUUCUUUGGAAGCAACCUGGACUCCCACGCCUCCUCUUCCCUCCAUCCGCAUCAUGCACCCCAGCCCUCCCAGCCCGGAUCCCACAGCUCCUGCAGCUCGCUUCCUCGACAGCGAGGCGCAAACAGCCGAGCUCGGGCGGCGCGGGGAGCGCACAGCGCCCCCUCCUCCCCUGGUGACCAGUGGCCAGGCUCCGGGUCCGGGGCUGGGUGGGCCGGGAGGCGGCGGUUGCCUGGCCUGACCCUGGGCACGUGAGGCUGGGGCGACUGCACGUGUGUUGAUUGAGUCUGGAUUACCCCCUUGACUCAUCUGUGGAAAAGGGGGGACACAUAUUGGAGAAAAGACCUGGCAUCUGGGCUUGGCAGCGAGGCCAGGAGAGCCCGGGCCAGCAGAGCACCGUGCAGCCUUUACCGCAGGCUGUGGAGCGGGACUGGUCUCCCCAAAACAGCCCUGGAAACCGUGGUGACAUGUCACAGGCUGGAUUCUAUGAGGAAACAGGAGGCUACCUUAAGUGUGACAUGGAUGAUACCUCUGAAACCCGUGAAGAGAGCUUGGGGGAUGAGGUCUUCGACACAGUCAACUCCUCCAUUGUGUCUGCUGAGAGCAUCCGUUUUUUUGUCAAUGUCAACCUCGAGGUGCAGCCCAGCCAGGCAGCCGAGGGUGAAAACAUUGGAGGCUCGGGUCUCCUGCAUACCUCCAGGAAGUACUUGAAGUUGAAGAACUUUGAGGAAGAGAUCCGUGCACACCGUGACCUCGUUGGCUUCCUGGCCCGGGCCAGCAUCAUCCUGAACGAGACGGCCACCUCUCUGGAUGAUGUGCUUCGGGCCAUGCUGCACCGCCUCGCCCAGGACCCACACAACACCGAGCCCGACUGCAACUUGGACCAGCUCAUGGCCAUCCUCUUCACUGAUGCUGGGGCACCCAUGGAGGGGAAAGUCCACCUGCUCUCCGACAUCAUACAAGGGGUUACUGCCACGGUCACAGGAGUGCAGUACCAGCAGUCAUGGCUCUGCAUCAUCUGCACCUCCAAGGCUCUGCUGAAGCGGCAUGUGUGUAUCAGCCGCCUGGUCCGCCCGCAGAAUUGGGGGGAGAAUUCCUGCGAGGUGCGGUUUGUCAUCCUGGUGCUGACUCCACCCAAGAUGAAAAGCACUAAGACUGCGUCAGAGGUGGGGCGCACCUUCGCCACCAUGUUCUUGGACAUCAACUUCCGCCAGAAGCUCCUGAGAACCCGCACAGAGGAGGAAUUCAAGGAAGCCCUGGUACAUCAGCGACACCUGCUCACCAGGGCGUGCCAGUACCCACCCUUGGCAUCCAACAUGAGCACCACAUGCACCCACAGACACCCCCAGCCUCCAGGACCCAAGGACUUCUUCCCCGUGGGGAAGGGCAUUUGGGAGGACAUUGCCCGCAGGCUUCCCGUAUACCCGCUGGACUUCACUGACGGCAUCAUUGGGAAAAACAAGGCCGUGGGCAAAUACAUCACCACCACUCUGUUCCUCUACUUUGCCUGCCUCCUGCCCACCAUCGCUUUUGGGUCCCUCAAUGACGAGAACACAAAUGGGGUCAUCGACGUGCAGAAGUCCAUCAUCGGCCAGAGCAUCGGGGGCCUCCUGUACGCACUCUUCUCAGGGCAGCCGCUGGUGGUGCUGCUCACCACUGCACCCCUGGCUCUCUAUAUUCAAGGUGCGGUGAGCAGUGGGGUGGGGGCUCCCGGAGUUCCUGACCCCUUCUCGUCCCUGACUGCCCACCCUGUCCCACUGCCUGUAGUGAUUCGUGGCAUCUGUGAUGACUAUAAUCUGGACUUCAACUCCUUCUACGCGUGGACAGGCCUGUGGAACAGUUUUUUCCUUGCACUUUACGCCCUCUUCAACCUCAGCCUGGUCAUGAGUCUCUUCAAGAGAUCCACAGAAGAGAUCAUCGCCUUGUUUAUCUCUAUCACGUUUGUGCUGGAUGCUGUGAAGGGCAUGAUUAAAAUCUUUCAGAAGUACUACUAUGGGUACAGCUUAGAGCUCUUCCGUGUGGGAAGCACAUCCCUGGGGAACCUGUUGAGCCUCAACAGCAGCCUCCACACCGCCCUCAACAGCAGCCUCUCAGCUGGCCCACUGGAAGCCAAGCCUACCGCCAGCCAUCCUGAGACAGCCAUGCUCAGCCUCCUCAUCAUGCUAGGCACGCUCUGGCUGGGCUACACACUCUACCAGUUCAGGAAAAGCCCCUACCUGCACCACUACGUGCGUGAGAUCCUGUCGGACUGCGCCCUGCCCAUCGCAGUGCUCACCUUCUCCCUCAUCUCCUCCUAUGUUUUCUGGCAGAUCAAGACGAGCAAGUUCCGCUACAACCCCAGAGACAGCCUGUUUGUGAUGGCCAGGAUGGACUCACUGUCCCUGGUGGCCAUUGCCGGCGCCAUGGGUCUCGGCUUCCUGCUGUCCUUGCUCUUCUUCAUCGAGCAGAACCUGGUGGCUGGUUUGGCUAAUGCACCAGAGAACAGGCUGGUGAAGGGCACUGCCUACCACUGGGACCUCCUGCUCAUCGCCAUCAUCAACACUGGACUGUCUCUGUUCGGGCUGCCCUGGAUUCACGCUGCGUACCCCCACUCUCCAUUGCACGUCCGGGCCUUGGCUUUGGUGGAGGAGCGUGUGGAGAACGGGCACAUUUAUGAGACGAUUGUGCACGUGAAUGAGACGCGGCUGACCACCCUGGGCGCCAGCAUCCUGGUGGGCUUCUCCCUCCUGCUGCUGCCCUUCCCGCUGCAGUGCAUCCCCAAGCCCGUGCUCUACGGCCUCUUCCUCUACAUCGCGCUGACCUCCAUCGACGGCAACCAGCUGUCUGAGCGAGUGGCCCUGCUGCUCAAGGAGCAGACUUCGUACCCACCUACCCACUACAUCCGGAGAGUCCCCCAGAGGAAGAUCCACUACUUUACAGGCCUGCAGGUCCUGCAGCUGCUGCUGCUCUGUGCCUUUGGCAUGAGCCCCCUGCCCUACAUGAAGAUGAUCUUCCCCCUCAUCAUGAUUGUCAUGAUCCCUAUCCGAUACAACCUGCUGCCCCGAAUCAUUGAAUCCAAAUACUUGGACGCCAUGGAUGCUGAACACUGAGACCUUGGCCACACCCUUGUUCGCCUGUCCCUCCAGGUCUAGCACUGUGGCUGGAUGGGGAAGAGAUCUGGGUGUCUUUGGGGGGUGAUGCUCUGUGAUGCAGCCCCUCGCAGCUGUCUCAACAUGCCUAGGGUCUCUGGGCAUUGUGGAGGCUCGGCAGUAUGCGUCCCCCUCUCUCCUCGUAAGCCUUUAGUUUUGGGUUGAGAACACUGCUCGGGGCAGCUUCUGCCCAGGGUGGAAUUAAGCAGGAUGUGUAUUUUCUUUUGAUAAAAGAGUCUGAUACUUGAGAGAGAAACCAUUUCCUUGGUUGUAUAAGGAAUUGUGUGCACAUUAUAGAAUAAAGCUUGUUUCUAUGCUUCUA